GAUCCCUACUGCAGUGACAAGCCCAUUCACUGCGGUCCCACUUGCCAGUGAGACAACCAGAGCCAGUAGCGCUUUCCUCUCCUUCCGCAUCACGAACAUCGGACGACCUCGGAAGCUUCCAGAUCUCCGCGAAACCCUAACCCCCAGAACGUUCUAGAACCCGUUCCCGCGCAUGGACGGCCUCGCGACGCCCUCGCCGUCCCACUCCGGAGCGACCUCCGGCGGUGGCGCCUCCCACCGCAAGCGGAAGCUCCCGCCGUCGUCGCUCUCCGACGCCACCGCCGACGAGGACGACGACACCACCGCGCCGUCGUCCCCCUCCACUGCGCCCUCCUCUCCAUCUCGACCGUCGUCGCCGUCCUCCUCCCACUCCGACGACGACGACGACGACUCGCUCCACACAUUCACCGCCGCGCGCCUCGACGCCGCGCCGGGGUCCGCCUCUGGCCGUCCACCGAAACCAGAUUCCUCGUCCGUAUCUGCUUCUGCCGCCGCUGCAGCCGCGGCGGCGGCGGGCCCGAAGCCUGAGCCCGGCUCCGCGGCCGCCGGCGACGGGAAGGAGGACCCCAAGGGGCUGUUCACGGACAACAUCCAGACCAGCGGCGCGUACAGCGCUCGUGAGGAGAGCCUCAAGCGCGAGGAAGAUGCCUGUAGGCUGAAAUUUCUCUGCUAUUCUAACGAUGGGGUUGAUGAACACAUGAUCUGGUUGGUAGGUUUGAAGAACAUCUUCGCUCGUCAGCUUCCUAAUAUGCCCAAAGAGUAUAUUGUUCGUCUCGUUAUGGAUAGAACUCACAAGUCAAUGAUGGUUAUCAGGAAUAAUAUUGUUGUAGGAGGCAUUACUUACCGCCCUUAUGCAAGCCAGAGGUUUGGAGAAAUAGCAUUUUGUGCCAUUACAGCUGAUGAGCAAGUUAAAGGCUAUGGAACAAGGUUAAUGAAUCAUUUGAAGCAACAUGCCCGAGAUGCUGAUGGACUCACACAUUUCUUAACCUAUGCAGAUAACAAUGCUGUUGGCUACUUUGUAAAGCAGGGUUUCACAAAGGAGAUCUCAUUGGAAAAAGAAAGAUGGCAUGGGUACAUCAAAGACUAUGAUGGAGGAAUUUUGAUGGAGUGUAAAAUUGAUCCAAAGCUGCCAUAUGUUGAUCUGGCAACAAUGAUCCGGCGCCAGAGGCUGGCCAUUGAUGAGAAGAUCAGAGAGCUUUCUAACUGCCAUAUUGUUUAUUCAGGAAUCGAUUUUCAAAAGAAAGAUCCAAGAAGACUGAUGAAACCAGAAGACAUCCCUGGUCUGAGGGAAGCUGGGUGGACACCUGAUCAGUGGGGUCACUCCAAAUCACGUGCAGCCUUUUCCCCGGAUUAUAGUACUUACAGACAGCAGCUUACUAAUCUUAUGCGUCUAUUGUUGAAGAGUAUGAAUGAGCAUCCUGAUGCUUGGCCAUUCAAAGAACCGGUGGAUUCACGUGAUGUUCCAGACUACUAUGACAUUAUCAAAGAUCCUAUUGAUUUGAGGACAAUGUCAAGAAGAGUGGAGUCAGAGCAGUAUUAUGUGACCUUAGAGAUGUUUGUUGCCGACAUGAAGAGAAUGUUUAACAAUGCAAGAACCUACAACUCUCCUGAUACGAUCUAUUACAAAUGCGCCACACGGCUUGAAAAUUUCUUUUCAGGAAAAAUCUCAUCGCAUCUUGCACAAGCCUCGACCAAGAGCUAGACUAGUGUGCUUUCCUCGACAUGGUUGCUUGUUGUAAAAUUGUUGAUUUGUUGUGCGGCUUAGCGAUGUAGUGUUAGUAUAAUAUCGUCUAAUGAUUGUAAUCUGUAGCAUGAGCGAGAAUUAAACAUAUUUGGGCUCUAUUCAGCCUUCACACAUCUGUAGACUAAAGGGAUUAGCGUGCUUUGAAGAA